UAAUGAUGCUUUGGAAAUUAAAUUUUAUUUAGUUAUUUAUAUUUAAACCACAUAUUUAUUGUUGUAAUUUUGAAAACCUUUGAUAAUAUGACAUAAUAAUCAUAGAUAAACGAUACGAUUGUCAAGAACAUAUGUUAUCUCACAAUAUGUGGUAACUUGUGUUCUCAACAAUUUUAGUAAGCAAUUUGUUUUUCACAUAAAUUGUUUAAAAUAAAAAAAUCAAUAAUAUGUUAUAUGACUGUAAACCAUAGUUUGAAAGUAGAACAGUAUUAUUUAUGUUUUAAAUAUUUCAACCUAGUUUAUUUGUGUUUAAAUACAUGAAAUAAACAUGGGUUGGAAUUUCUACAAACUAUUUUGUUGCUGCAAUACUUCUGAAGAAUCUACAAGACUUGACAUAGCAGUAGUUCGAGAACAACAAGCAGCAGCAGCUGAAAAACGUUUAAAAGAACAAGAAAGCCGGGGUGUUAAAAAUCCAGAACGAAUAAAACGUAUUCAACGUGAACAACAAAAACGUAAUGAAGAAGUUGCUAGACAAUUGACAAAUUCUGGAACAGGCUUAAAGUGGCAGGUCAGCUAAUAUGAGCGUAACAAUGCAUGCCCCAACUUGAGUCACAGGAUCUUUACUGCGUUUGGCUGCUAGAAAAGCAGUAGCCAUAAAAAAAUCAUCCCAAC